GUUUUGAUAUAAUCCUGUCUGUAAUAUAACGGGAACGUGAUUGUAUUUAGCGCCGUUGCUAUGUUUCGCGCGCAGAAGAUUGAUUGAUAUAUUUAUAAAUGAGAUUCGGUUUUCUAGCAACUGCCCAAAGGAAUUAUGGCGUACACGAAGAAAAGUAAAAAAGGCGGUUAGCUAGAAAAGUAACGUUAGCUCUAGGUUUUGGCUAACGUCGGCUAGCUGGCCAGGUGGAUGCUUAGCUAACGUUAGUUCGCCGUUAAACAUCAAGCAGGUUGCUGGACGCGGUUAUAGUCUAACAGAGCCUGGUGAUCUAUUGCACCGCUCGAUCAUGUUAGUGAAUCCCACCCGAGGAUACCACUGGUCAGACGCGGAGACGAGAGCACUGUUGACUAUUUGGGGAGAACACGACGUGCAAACUGCGCUGGACGGAAACUUCCGAAAUAGUCACGUUUACCGCGACGUAGCCGGUCGUCUGGGUGACAUGGGCUACGAUCGGACCCCGGAUCAGUGCCGGGUGCGAGUAAAGAGCCUGAAAAGACAGUACUUUCAGGCGAAAAAGGCCUCGAAGAAAAACGGCCACUUUGCAAAGAUCUUCAGGUUCUACAAAGACAUGGAGAGGAUCCUGAGCAGCAGGUCGUCAGCAGGGCUGGAUGCGCAUGAUAUGGACGGCAUGGGUGCCGAGGGAGAUGAGACAAUGGACGGCACUGAAGAAGAUGGAGAGAGUGUGGACCAGCCACAUGAAUCGGAUGUGGACGCUGCAGGAGAAUGCUCGAACAUGGAGUACCCUGUGAAAAUCGAGUAUCCACCCUACCCCAUCCCGGUGACUGUGGGCAGUUGCAGCAGUGCACCGGAUGUUCCAGCCAAGCAGCCUGAAGAACAGACCUCCACCAUGCCAUCCUCUUCAGGAAGCAGGCGACACAAAAAGCGCUUUGCAAACCUGUCGCUGGAGAAACUUAUGGAGAAGUUUCUCGAACAGAGUUUGGAGGCAGAAGAGAACUUUUAUAGACUUGAGGAGCAGCGGCUUCAAGCCGAGGAUCUUCGUAGAGAGACUGAACAUACUAGAGAAAUGCACAUGUUGCAGAUGCUGGGCCAGAUGUUUGCUGGUCUCAGUACCCCCACAGUCACGUCGCCACCUGCUCCUCAGUCCACUCGUAACUCAAAGACCGCUUCGUCGGUAGCCCAUGCACGUCCAUAUGGUGGCAGCCAAAGCCUUCAAACCAGCCAGGUUGACUAUGUCAUCCCAAGUCCUCCUGCUGCACCAGUUAUUGAGCGGACAUAUUCCCUGGGCGGAGUCGCACACAGAAGCAUGGACAUCCUGCCAUUGGUUAAAAAUAUAGUUCCUCCCCUGACGUCUAAAAAGCACAAGGGACAAGAUGGUCGCAUAGGAAUCAUUGGAGGAUGUCAAGAGUACACUGGAGCACCUUACUUUGCUGCCAUUUCUGCACUGAAAAUAGGUGCAGAUCUUUCCCACGUGUUCUGCACCAAAGAUGCUGCCACUGUGAUUAAAUCUUACAGCCCUGAGCUCAUAGUUCACCCUGUGCUAGACAGUCCCAACGCUGUGGAGGAAAUAGAGAAAUGGUUGCCAAGACUCCACUGUUUGGUCGUGGGGCCAGGCUUGGGCAGGGAAGACAAGCUCCUUAAUAAUGCAAAGGAGGUAAUUGAAAAAUCAAAAUCAAGAGGAAUUCCAAUAGUCAUUGAUGCAGACGGACUUUGGUUAGUUUCCAAAGAACCAUCAGUCAUUCAAGGUUAUCAGAGAGCAAUCCUAACACCCAACUUUAUGGAGUUUACACGUCUCUAUGAAGCAAUGCACCAUCAGACUUUGGACAGCACUGACCUUAGGGUCACUGCGCAGCAGCUGAGCAUCGCACUGGGUAACGUGACUCUGCUUUUGAAAGGAGAGGAGGACAUAAUCACUGACGGCAACCAGGUGCUAACAUGCAGUCAAGAGGGAAGUGGCCGUCGCUGUGGUGGACAGGGAGAUCUGCUGUCUGGUUCUUUAGGAGUCUUUUCCCAUUGGGCUUUCAGCUCAUCUCUAAAUGCAACUGAAGGUAUGAAUCCUACACUGGUAGCUGCUUUUGGCGCUUCCUCCCUAACCAGGCAGUGUAACAAUCAAGCCUUUCACAAGUACGGCCGUGCCACCACCACCUCGGACAUGAUCCAGGAGAUUUGUGCCGCCUUCAAGAAGCUUUUUGAAACCUGAACUUCUUUAUCUGUAUUCUGAGCUUUUAGCUUCAUUCCUGCCCUGUGCAACAAUAUCUGAUGCAUCUCCCUUCAAGAAGAAGGGAUACGCAGAUCAAAGAGGAUACCAGUCCACACUGUUUCUUACAACGGAUUAUUUUGCAUACACACUUUUUUUUUAGUGGAUCCACAUCUGCCAGCUUUACACUUUGCAUUCCUCUCCUUCGCAAAACAGCACCUGAAUCUGAACAGUUAGAGUUUAAUCUGCUGACAGCUUUGUGUUGUGCUGCUUACGAAUGGACUUUUCGCCGGUAACACCAUCGGUUUUUCAGUGAGCUAAUAGUUCCACAUAGGUAGUGAGGCUUAUUUACUACAACUCAAAGUGUUCUUGCAGUAAAAAACACAAUGAACCAUCAUAGAUAAAACAUAACUACUGUAUUCCUUAGUUUUCAUAUCUGUUAGGUCAGAGGGGUUUGAGUCAUUUUUUAUAAGAGCAGCUCUUACAGUAACUCAUAGCACAUGUUUAUAUUAAUGCACUUCUUCUAAUGCUUUAUCUUUUCUAUAGUAUCUUGCACAGGAUCUUGUGUUGAAUGAUAAACACAAAUUAAUUUUUAAAAAGUGUGUAAUUGCUGAUAUGUUUUUGUUUUUAAUGAGGAUUUGUUUGUUUAGGAUUUCUUUUUUUUUUUUGUUUGUUUGAAAGAUUCUCCAGUGUCAGUGCUUUGUAACAGACACGGGUAAAGCUGCUCCUUAAUGUUUGUUUCCAGCAAGCAAAGUCUUUACCUUAUAGGACGUGGCAGCUUCUCCAAAACAUGAUGCGUUUUUUCUUCUUAAUUUCAGUAGCAAGAGAUAAAGAAACGCUAAUGAUGGGACGACUGUUUAUAGCUGUUAUAAGCUAGAACAUGAAAAAAAAAAUCAUAAAAGGACCACAACAUUAAACAUGAGUGUGAACAUAAAGUAUUGUGUCCUCCUUUUAUAAACAGACCACAUUUGAAUUGUUAGUAAAUUGCUGUGGUAAAAGACAAGGAAUAUGCUUUUGGACUGUCAGUUUUUGAAAAACAAUCUGAUUAUUUUCUUCAUUUUAAGGCCUUGUUUAAAUAUUCGUAUCAGCUUUUCUGUUUAAACGGCAUUUUAGAGGCAGUGCGGCAGCGCUUUCCUUCCGCCAGGCAUUUCUUAAGCCUUUCUAUUAAGCAAAUAAGCUACCAGAACCAGACAUUUGCUUUGUAUAAAUCAGUCCAACUAGACAAACCCGCAUUUUCAGCACUGUCACUGGUGAUAUGUCCAGUAUAAUUAAAUAAUUAAUUAUGGUGCUUUGUGCUAAAUAUUUGAAUUGAUAUUUAAUAUAAAAAUGUGUAGACCAUUAUAAUGGUUUAGUACCAGCACAUGCUGUGUUACAGCUCUUGUGGUUCUAGAAGUAUAUCACUGUGCUCUGAAUAAUAAACAGAUACCAAACUUUUUUAAAAUUAUGAAUGGCUAAAUUAUUUGUACAAAAAGUGUUAAAGUACAUUCUAAAGCAAGUUCUUCUGCAUAUUGGUCUCCCUGUAAAAAUAUUACAUGGUUUCUUUAAUUAUUUUGCUUUUCCUCACAAAGCGUCUGUGAAGAUCAUAAUAUAUUUUGUUAAUAGCUGUAAACAAAAAUGACAAUUUGUGCUCAAGUGAUGAAUAAUGAUUGGUAAUACGGUACUCAAGGACAAGAAUAAUUUUAAAUGUAUAAAACAUUGUGUUAAACAUUUGUCAAAUGCACUUCUUUUGAAGUGUAUGACUAUGUUCAUAAACAGCUGCAGAAUAAUCAUUUUUCAUGCGUUCCCCAAUGACUUUUGCCAUUUAGUUUUCAGGUUUUAUUCAUAACAUCCGAAAUAUCACAAAGCAGGCGUUAGCGUAUGAUUUUAGUUUUUUUAAGCAGUUGGGUUUUCUUGGCAGAUUUACUUUCUAAUAAAGUCACUUAACUCAA